AAAUUCGCUAACUUUCUCUUUUUCAUUAGCGUCAGUUGGCUUGUCAGAGAACCGACUUUGCUUUCUGUCCAAUUAUUUGAUAUGUCCAUGGAAAACAGGCGGGUGCAUCAUAUGUGGGUGUAAAGUUUCGGAACAACCCCUGCGUUGCUUUGCGUAUAGGGAGACAACAGGAGACAAUACAAAAUUUCCGUUGCGAAAAACUUUUCUGGUUCCCGUUUGUUUACGCGUCGUGUUGUAUCACGUGCGUACGUGCGUGCGUGCAUGCCAUUGCCGUGCCGUGCUGCGAAAUCCGAUCCGUUCCCCGUAUGUAGAAACAGCAUGCCUAGCAAAAAGAAAAAAUACAACGCUCGUUUUCCAGCGGGUCGUAUCAAGAAGAUUAUGCAGACAGACGAAGAAGUUGGAAAAGUCGCCCAGGCAGUGCCAAUUAUAAUCUCUAGGACACUGGAAUUAUUUGUACACUCUUUGCUGACCAAGACUAUGCAGAUUACAAAUGCCAAAAAUGCUAAGACUCUAAGUCCAACACAUAUGAAACAAUGUAUUCUAUCAGAAAGUAGAUUCGACUUUCUAAAAGAUUUAGUCAAAUCUCUGCCUGAUGUAUCGGGACUUGAUGAUGAAGUACCUAUGUCACCAGAGACUUCUAUCUCAGGAACCAAUUCAUCAAACACAGCUACAACAUGUCCGAUUGCGACACAGCAUUCUAAUCCAGUAGGAUAUCAGAAGCAACUGGGAUUACCAGGUAGCAUUGAAGCUAUUGCAAAUCAUAAGAUUACGAAAGAUAAUGGAUCUACUACAGUUCAAAGCAAUUCAAACUCUGCUAAUCAAAAGGACGCGUUGACAGCAGGAGGGCACUCACAGAUUCCAGAGUUCCAGAUAUCUGUACCUACAUCCUUGCAAAUUAAUCAACUAAACUUUUAUACUGAAGUCAAUCCAAGUGCAAGCAAUCAACCGACAUCAAACUUCACUUGCACUGGCGACAUCGACGAAGAUUACGAUACAUAGUAAUUUCACAAGAUCUAGGAAGUUGAAACUUAUCUUGUUGUACGUGUGACGCAUGAUUAGCUAACGAUUAGCGACUAUGUGCUCAUGCACGGAUCAAAAGCAUCUAUCAAUUGCUCAUAUCACCUGUAAAUUAGCGUCGUUUGGUCGAAUCGAAGCAAUUCUUUAUUUGCUAAUACGGGAUGUUCCAGAACUGCGUGAAUAGUUGUGGGAUUAUUUAAUAUUAAAAAAAUUUUAUUUUUUUAUUUAUUUUAAGCGGAUAUAUUCAAUAUAUUUGUUGUCGAUUUUGUACAUUAUCUAGAAGCCAACAGUAUUUUCCAGUUACUUUGUUAAAAACGGCAAAUUAUAUUAAAAUAUACUUAUAAAAGAAAAUUAGCUCAUCAAAAAUUAGUAAUAAUUACAGACAAAUCGAUUUUUUUCUCAAGUAUUGGAAAUAUAAAUUAAAUUUUCCAUCAUGUGCAAGAAAAUGCUAAUCGGUAUUCCUUUUUGAGAAAUUAUCACAGGCUGCCAAUUGACAUUAUCGGCAACGAAUAUGUUAAAAGUUUAAUACGCGUUUCAGGAUAUAAAAUACUUUGUUCCUGAAAAUUAUAAAUUGCUACAAAUAAAUGAUGUCUCAUAAUCAUUAUUUAUAAAUAUGUUUAUGUUGGCGUCUUCUACGCUACUCUGUACACAGUUACGUAAACUAUCAUGAGUUAUGUCAAAUUUAGUUUUUUUUAUUAAUUGAAGUAACAUUCGUAUAUAGGUUGUAUAAUUUCUAACAUGAAAUAAAACUUUUAUAUUUAUGUUAAACAUUGAGCGAUUUUAUCGGUAGCGUUUGAUGUGGUAUAUGUGCUCACAAGACAUAUUCUGUAAUCAAUGUAUCUAAUUGUAAAGUUUCUGACUUAAUAGGUUUGUUCGACAAACAUGUUGUUUGUAUGAACACGAUCGAGUCGUACAUUUUUUGUCCUAAAACACAUUCAGACAAAGAUACGUAGAAAAAAAUAAGGAAAAAACUAAUCUGUAAACAUUCUUGCAUUUGAUCGAUGCGAUUAAUUAUACAUAUAUAUAUAUAAUUUAUAUAUUUGAUGUGUAUAGUGUAAUGUUAUUAUUUUUUUCUCCUUUUUUUUACAAUUUUGUGUAUUUGACAACCGCGGCAAAUUAAUUCUAUUUCAGAUAAUAUAAAAAAAUAACACAAUUAAGAAGCUAGUAGUUCUGUUAGAUUGUAAAAUCAAGAGUGUCGAUAUAAUAAAUAAGCAUGUAAAAAAACAUUUAUAGGGAUCAGAAUGUUAUGCAUAUAUAAGUUGGCUACACACGGAUGAGAAAAAGACCUAGAACCGUUCCUUUCAGUUUACCACGUGUUUAAUCACCAGCUGGUAUCAAAAUUUUUCAAUAAUUAGAAUAUAGAGUAUAACUGUAUUAUAUGAGACAAUUCCGUUUACAAUUGAGCAAAUCAAUUUGAUAAAUUUCCUGUUAAUCCGUUAACAUUGCUAACAUUUUGCUUACUGGGUUUAUAAUUGAAGCUGAAAUUGUAGUGAUAGAAUUCUCUUUCGGCUUUUAUUAGAUCAAUAACAUAAAGAAAAACAAAAACGAAAAAGCAUAAUGAUGCGUCAAACACAGUACAUACAAUAAUUUAUGUUUAAUUUAUUAAAACAAAAAAGUAAACCUAGAUACGGAAGCAAUGCAUACGUACGUGCGAUAAAGCCACACAUACACGUGUCUCAGUAUUGAAGUUUAAACAGGAUAUUAUUCCUCGAUAGGGUAUCGCUUAAACGUGCAGUCUUCACAAUGCAACAUCCAUGCGUCCUUUCCCCGCUUCUUCGCGGCGGAUUUAAAAUAAAAAUCUUUUAAUAAUACGUGUAUAUAAUAUGUCACAUAAAUAGAUCUAUGUAUAUUAUUUUAUAUGUUACACGACUGAAGAAAGCACAUUUCUCAAAAGUGUAUACACGACAAUGAUGUUGUUAGUUUGUUUGACGACGAUCGAAAUGAUGUUUUCUAUACUUAACGAAACGAGUACGAAGCACUAUACAUGUCUGUAGAAACGCACACGUUAGAUGUAUGCAUGACAACACGAUUACGACCAUAAAUGCCAAUCAUGUUGAACGCAAAGAUACGUUUAAGUAAUAAAUUAAGAUCGAUUGACCACACAUAUUUUAUAUUUUUCACACAUCUCUUCUUUCAGUUCAUAAUUCCACUACAUAUUCUGGAAUAAAGAGCUUACGCCAUUUA